GAAAGAAAAGCAGCUGAACCGGUCUCCUCUCCGCCAUAACUACCGCCAUUUCAAGAGCUUCAAGAAGAAAAGUCAAAGGUCAAAGCGAACGGAGAAAUGAAGAUUCAUCACAUUCCAUGUUUGGAGGACAACUACUCUUACUUGAUUAUCGAUGAGAGCACCAAGGAAGCCGCAGCAGUUGAUCCUGUAGAGCCCGAGAAGGUUCUCAACGUUGCUCAACAACAUGGCGUCGUUCUUAAGCUUGUUCUCACCACUCAUCACCACUGGGAUCAUGCUGGUGGAAAUGAAAAGCUAAGGCAAUUAGUCCCUGGGAUUAAGGUGUAUGGCGGUUCUAAGGACAAUGUGAAGGGCUGCACUGAUAUUGUAGACAAUGGUGAUAAAAUUUCACUUGGAGCUGAUAUUAGUAUAUUGGCGCUUCACACUCCUUGCCACACCAAUGGUCAUAUUAGUUAUUAUGUAACUGGCAAAGAGGGAGAGGAUCCAGCUGUUUUUACUGGAGAUACUCUUUUUGUAGCUGGCUGCGGGAAAUUUUUUGAAGGGACAGCAGAGCAGAUGCAUCAGUCCCUAUGUGUGACAUUAGCGUCAUUGCCUAAGCCAACUCGAGUUUACUGUGGUCAUGAGUACACUGUCAAGAACUUGCAGUUUGCUGUCACAGUUGAACCAGAAAAUGUGAAACUACAGCAAAAACUAUCAUGGGCCCAGCAGCAGCGCAAAGCAGGCCUCCCCACAAUUCCUUCAACAAUCGAGGAGGAGAUGGAGACAAACCCAUUCAUUCGGGUUGAUCUGCCAGAGAUUCAGGAGAAGGUUGGGUGUGACUCAGCUGUGGAAGCCAUCCACGAGAUAAGGAAGAGGAAGGACAAUUGGAGGGGCUAAUUGAAGAACAGACGACGGUCCGUCUUUCUGUAUUUGUUUGCUUUCUCUUAUAAAACUUUGAUCUGGGUGGGUGUGCAAUAAAUUUACAAGAUUCCAAGUUUUAUGAAGCCUUGUGAGCAUUUUAACAUGAGGAAUUAGCAAAACAAAUGUCCAUGAUGUUUGUUCAUGUAAUUAGCCAAAAAUUGACUUAUUCUGCUUUCUUCUUAAAGAUGCAUUCAAGCAA